ACCAAUAAAAAUGCAGAUGUCACAGAAGUGUAGUGAGAGUUUGAUCAGGCAGCCAAUGAGGAAGUUGUUUGCAUGUCACGCCCCUCCCCCUUUGCAUAUUUAUCUCCUAGGAGCAGCAGGAGGAGGCUGAGGGAUCCAUCACACACCUGUCACUGGCUUCUGCCUGGCACCAUGGAGAGGAAGAUUGCCAGAGAGUUCCGCCACAAGGUUGAGAAAUGCAUAGACAAUGAGGCAGAGAAGGACUAUCUGUACGAUGUGCUGCGCAUGUACUAUCAGUCGAUGAAUCUCCCAGUAUUUGUGGGGGACCUUAAACUGGUCAUCAACGAUCCUUUCCGAUUGCCUCUGUUUGACGCCAUUCGCCCACUAAUCCCAUUAAAACAUCAAGUGGAAUAUGAUCAGCUGACCCCAAAGCGCUCAAGGAAGCUGAGGGAGGUGAAACUGGACCGCACGCACCCUGAUGGGCUGGGACUCAGCAUGAGGGGAGGUCUGGAGUUUAAUUGUGGCCUCUUCAUCUCCCACAUAAUGAAGGAAGGGCAAGCGGACAAUGCUGGGCUUCAGAUCGGGGAUGAGCUGGUUCGGAUCAAUGGAUAUUCCAUUUCGUCUUGCACUCACGAGGAAGUGAUCAACCUCAUCCGCACAAAGAAGAUAGUGUCUAUUAAAGUCAGACACAUUGGUAUGAUCCCAGUAAAAAGUUGUGAGGAUGAGCCCCUGAAGUGGCAGUUCUCUGAUCAGUUUGUGUCCGAAACCGCAGAUGGCAAGAGCAGUGUUGCGGGACUGGCAUCGGCUGGUGGAAGAGAAAUGAAGGAGAAGAAAGUGUUUAUCAGUUUGGUGGGAACAACAGGAUUGGGCUGCAGUAUCUCCAGCGGACCCUCACAGAAACCUGGCAUAUUUAUCAGCAAUGUCAAACCGGGCUCCUUAUCUGCUGAAGUUGGAUUAGAUGUUGGAGAUCAGAUAGUGGAAGUGAAUGGAGAGGACUUUACUAACCUUGACCAUAAAGAGGCAGUGAGAGUGUUAAAGGGGAGCCGGAGUCUCACUAUCACCAUUGUGGCAGGAGCUGGGCGGGGCUUGUUCAUGACAGAAGAUGAAAGGCUAACUGAGCAGCGGAGGCGUGAACUGGAGCGCCAGGAACUUCUGCGCCAAAAGAAACACGCCAUGGAAACCAACAAGAUUGUGAAGGAGCAGCAGGAGAAGGAGCGAAUGAGAAAAAUGGAGAAUUCCCAGAAAGUGGCUGAGGAAGAGGAGCGGUACCGCCGGGAGGUGGAGAAGAUAUCAUCCCAAGAGGAGAAAAUAAAGAAGGAUUGGGAUGAAGACUGGGGCCGCAAAGAGGAACCUAAAAGUGUGAAACCCCCAGUUCCCAAGACACAGCGGAGCCCCACAGCCAAGAACAAACCAUUCGGGUGGUUCUACCGAUACGAAGGGAAAUUUCCCACCCUCCGGAAGAAAGGGAAGGACAGAAAGAAGUCCAAGACGGACAGUCUGUUUGAGCAGAAGAAGAGUAAGAAGGAGAUGGAGUUUGAGCAGAAACUUGCCCAGGAGAAGGAGGAGAUGCUGGAAAAGGAGAAGCAGCUGAAGAUAAAUCGUCUGGUUCAGGAGGUCUCUGAGACGGAGAGAGAAGACUUGGAGGAAUCAGAAAAGGUUCAAGUGUGGGUAGAGAGACUCUGCCAGACGCGGCUGGAACAGAUUUCCUCUGCUGAGAGUGAUAAUCACGAGGUGGCAGGUGGGCGACCUCCAGCUUCUCCUUCUCCCCCUCCUACUGCCCCACCUUCUUCCACCUCAGUGCGGCGAUUUGUUGGUGGCCUACAGCUUCAUACCACAGACCUGGAUGAUGUUAAUCUAAAUGAAAUGAGUCACCCUACUAAACGAAUGGCACCUCCUCCCCCUUCACCUCGGAUGUUAUCUGCAUCAUCUUCAUCCCAAAAGCCAUCUUCACCCAAUAUCACUUUAAUCAAGAGGAAUGCCCCGCCACCUCCACCAGUGGCCUCAAGGUCUUCUUUGAUACAGCCAACAUGGAUGCAUUUACCGUCUCCAUCGCCACCACCUUCCCAGUCCCUGGGCUCAGCUCGGCCACCUCUCCCUUUCUCUGAGGAACUGAAAAAUUAUAGAGGAAGACCAGCUUUGAGGUCUUCAAACCCAGAACCUUCUUAUCCCCCAAGCCCAAAGGUUGUGAGAAAUGUCUCUGAUGCCAGUAAAAUGUCCUCCUCAAGUAUCCCCCUGCAACUUGCCCCGAGCCCACCUACCCAACGUCGCCCAGCAGUACCGAUUGCCUCAAAACCCAUCAUGCUGUCUCCGGACUCUAAUUUCAUGCUAAGAGCAGCACCCAAACCAGAGCACCUGCAACCACAGAUGCUGAAACGGAUGGUGGUUUAUAAUUCGUCGUUUGGUGGCAACAAAAUACAAGGAUUCCAGAAGUACGUAGAAGACUUUGAUCCUUACACCAUGUUCAGUGCAGAUCAGAUUGCCGGGAAGGACGUCAGGCUGCUGCAGAUAAAGAAGGAGGGGGACCUGGAUCUGGCAGUGGAGGGGGGAAUAGAGUCACCAAUUGGGAAGAUCGUGGUCUCUACUGUGUAUGACGGAGGUGCAGCAGAUAAACACGGUGGCAUUGUGCAGGGGGAUGAGAUUUUGGCUGUGAAUGGAAAGAUAUUGACCGAUGUAACAUUAACGGAAGCUCAGGCCACAUUGAUGAAAGCGUGGAACAAGGGAGGGGACUGGAUAGACUUGGUAAUUGCUGUGUCUCCCCUCAAGGAGUAUGAUGAUGAAGUCUUUCCGGCCGCAGAGAGUAUCAUGGCCGACAGAGAAGGUUUUGGGAAUGCCGAUUCUGUAUACAGACAAGGCUUCAUCCUACAGCUCCAGAAGUCUGGGCAGGGAUCAGCCACGGACAGUAGGGCAGCAGCCAGAACAUUAUUUUAAGGAGAAGAUAAAAAAGCCAAUCAGGAUCCAGAGAAGAGGCUGUCGGUGUGACCAUUUCACAGAGGACGAGCCUAAAGAGUCUUUUCAAUGAAAUGUCUGGGAUGUGUGGGAGGUGAUUUUAGCACAAGAUCAAUGUGUUUAUUAAUUAUCCGUGUAUGGAACUGAUCCAUAUGGAAUAUGAAUGGUCUGGUUCCAAUAAUAAUUGGGUCCAACUGUCAGUAAUUGUGACUUAUUGUCAUAUUCAGUACCCUAAUAAAUAUGGAAAUAGCACAAAG